AGCACACAGCGUCCAGGUGCCCCCCCCAGCCCCUCCCACCUCCGUAGGGCACGCAGCCGGGGACACAGAGCUCCCGCAUCCCUUCGGACCCCUCCCUUCGCGACGCGAGAGUCUUCCACCCUGGGACUCGGCCUCAAAGCCGCCUCAGUAGUCGGCCUGGAAGACACCCAGCAGUAGCAACGCGGGCAGUUAACGGUCGCCGAGCCUCCGCGGCCGCCACGAGGCCCCGCCCAACGGCAGCCUAGAGCAAGGCCGCGCCGGGGACGACUGCAGAGCGCGCCUUUUCCAGGUGUCUGACUUAAUCCGCCUCCAGAGCCGGAUCUUUCUCUGGUGGGGUCCUCAGCAAAGACCGCUGCCAUGCCGGUGACGGUGACCCGCACCACCAUCACGACCACGUCGUCCUCGGGCCCGGGCUUCCCGACCACCGUGGGGUCCCCUCGGGCACUGACCCAGCCCCUGGGCCUCCUCCGCCUGCUGCAGCUGAUCUCCACCUGCGUGGCCUUCUCGCUGGUGGCCAGUGUGGGCGCUUGGACGGGCGCCAUGGGUAACUGGUCCAUGUUUACCUGGUGCUUCUGCUUCGCCGUGACCCUGAUCAUCCUCAUCGUUGAGUUAGGCGGGCUCCAGGCCCGCUUCCCCCUGUCCUGGCGCAACUUUCCCAUCACCUACGCUUGCUACGCCGCCCUCUUCUGCCUCUCGGCCUCCAUCAUCUACCCUACCACAUACGUCCAGUUUUUGUCUCACGGCCGCUCCCGGGACCACGCCAUUGCCGCCACCACCUUCUCCUGCAUCGCUUGCGUGGCUUAUGCCACCGAAGUGGCCUGGACCCGGGCACGGCCCGGCGAGAUCACUGGCUACAUGGCCACCGUGCCAGGCCUGCUCAAGGUGCUGGAGACCUUCGUGGCCUGCGUCAUCUUCGCCUUCAUCAGCAACCCCUACCUGUACCAGCACCAGCCGGCCCUAGAGUGGUGCGUGGCCGUGUACUCCAUCUGCUUCAUCCUGGCGGCCGUGGCCAUCCUGCUGAACCUGGGCGACUGCACCAACAUGCUGCCCAUCCCCUUCCCCAGUUUCCUGUCCGGGCUGGCCCUGCUCUCCGUCCUCUUCUAUGCCACGGCUCUGAUCAUCUGGCCGCUCUACCAGUUCAACGAGAAGUACCACGGCCAGCCCUGGCGGUCCAUGGAUGUGAGCUGCAGCAACAGGCACGCCUACUACGUGUGCUCCUGGGACCGCCGACUGGCUGUGGCCAUCUUGACAGCCAUCAACCUGCUGGCUUACGUGGCCGACCUGGUGUACUCGGCCCGCCUGGUUUUUGUCAGGGUCUGAGGCUCUGCCCUGGAGGGGCUACCGAUUCCCUCUUCUCAGUGGAGGUUCUUUACCAAGUUCUGAGGCCCUCUGAGGUCCUCUUCCCGGCUCCCCUCUCUCCUGCGUUUCUCAUACCCUUCCCAGCUCACCCUCCUCUCUUUUCUGUUUCUUUCACUCCUUCUGCUCUGUCUCCCUUCUGUUCUGUUUGGUUACCACAUCCUGUUUGGCUUCCUUCUCUUUCUGCUCUCUUCUUUUCUACACGUUCUGCUUUGGGGCUUUUUUCUGGUCAUCCUGUUUGUUUUCUCAACUGCCUGUUGUCUGACCAGCUCUUCCCACUUUCCUUCUGAUCGAUCAAGAGCCCUGAGACUUCGUCCUUCUCUGCCCCACAGCCCACUGCCACCUCCAAAGGUGCUGAGCCCCACAUCACACACCCCUUUUGCAGCUGUUCAUACCCUGGGCCUCCAGAGGGGCCUCAUUGCCAAAGCAUGCCUGCCCACCCUGGCUGUGCCUUAGUUGGUGUGUAUGUGUGUGUGUCUGGGGGGUGGGGGUGGGUAGCUAGGGAUCGGGCCCCCUUUCUCCCAGUGGAGGCGGGGUGUACAGUGUACCUCCCCUUUAAGUUAAAAGAAAGAAAAAAACUCUGGAGGUCAAUAAUUUCUAGUGGGCGGGAGGCUUAAAACAUAGACCCUCGGUCCCUAGAUCCCGCCUGGUGCUCAGCCUCGCCUGAGAUCGGCUCCAGAAUUUUUGCCAGGCUUACUAAAAACCCACUGCCUAGAGGCCAUCUUAAAGGAAGCAAGGGGUGUAUGACUUCCAUCCCAACUACUCCCUGGGGUAUCAAAACACUGGCAAAAAAACUGCAUUGUCUUGAAGACAACUGUCUGAAGCAUUUGUAAGGGCCAGUGAUGUGGCCCUGCAGCCUCAGUGUCAAAAACUGCAUCUCCUGCCUUUGCAGGGAGGAGAAGAAAAUGGCCACUGCCAGCCUUAAAGGUGAUGUUAGCCUGUUUUUUUUUUUUUCUGGUCACGAGAGCAACAAUCACUGGGUGGCCCUUUUCUUAAAAAGGAAGUUUCUUUUGAAAACAAUUUUGGCGGGGUGGGAAUUGCUACUGUGCCAUAGUCAAAGGAAGUGCAUUGCUUGAGUGUGUGGUGUACACACACGUGUGUUUGUGCGUGCUAGUUGCUUUCUGCUGCUGCUUCCUGCUGCUCUGGGACUCACAUGCGUAACAUGAUCUAUAUAAAUGUAUAAAUAUAUAUUUUAUUUUUUUUAAAUUCCCUGGAGCUUCUGGUUCCCAUCAGCCCCUGCUGUCAGUCAUAGAGAGAAGCCUUGUCCCUUCUCCCACAUCCAUUAUAUUCUUUUUUUUAAAACCCCAAUAUAAAGAUAAAAGAAUGA